AUGAAUGUGCAUGCAGGUGCAAACAGCUAUGGACAACUCGGCCUUGGUCAUAAAGAGGACGUGCUUUUGCCCCAGACUCUGAAAGAUUUUUCCUGCAAACAUCAAAACAUUAAGAGCAUUACUGGAGGAGGAGGACACUCUGCAAUUAUUACUGGUGCAGGAGAACUCUUUGUAUGUGGCCAAAACAAAGAAGGACAGUUGGGACUCAAUCACACUGAGGAUGUUCUGUGUUUGACUUUGUGUCCUGUUCUGUCUAGUCUUUGUGUGAUACAAGUUGCCUGUGGCUGGGAUUUUACAAUCAUACUUACAAGAAAUGGCCAAGUUUUAUCCUGUGGGUCUAACUCUUUUGGACAACUAGGAGUCCCUCAAACUUCAGGAGGAAGCUUGAUCCCACUAAAGAUUGAGUCCCUCACAGAGAAGGUGGUAAAUGUUGCUGCAGGACUCAGACAUGCUCUUGCUGCUACAGAAGGUGGCAUGGUGUUUCAGUGGGGAACUGGCAUGGCUUCUCGGGCAAACCGGGCAAGCCAUGGGAAAAUGAUCCCAGCCUUCUUGACAGCAAAAGAACCCUGUAAAGUAACAGGUCUAGAAGAUGUAAAGGUGAAAAGUGUCACUGCCAGCUCCUACCAUUCAGUGUCCCUUACAGAUGACGGAGAAUUGUAUGUUUGGGGUAGCAACAAACAUGGGCAGCUUGUGAGUAAAGAGGCUUUUCUGCUUGAGCCCCAGAAAAUAGAUGCCCAUUUUUUCUCAGAUGAAAAGAUUGGAGCAGUCUGGAGUGGAUGGACUCAUAUAGUGGCACAAACAGAAACUGGCAAGGUCUUCACGUGGGGUAGAGCAGACUAUGGGCAACUGGGAAGAAGUGCAGUGGUUCACGAUGGACAAAGGCAGGAGGUUCAGAGAUCAUCUGAACAACUUUUGAAGCAUUUGUCAAAUAUGCCAGUUUCAGUGCCUUGCCUAGCUGGAGCAUCUCAGAUUGCAUGUGGCUCAGAGCAUAAUCUGGCAGUAGUUGGUGGUUCCUGUUUCUCCUGGGGAUGGAAUGAACAUGGGAUGUGUGGUGAUGGCACAGAAGAAAAUGUUUAUGCCCCAAAGCCAAUCACAGCUCUUGGUUCUGCAAAACCAUUCUUAAUUGGGUGUGGGGCAGGUCACUCUAUGGUUCUAUAUCAGACUCCAGGUUAGACCUUACACACUGGAAAGCAUAGCCAUGUGGAUUUGGACAUCUGUGUAUAGGGCUUUUCAGAAGUGUUGUGAGAGAAUUAAAACUGGCAUACCAGCCUAAUGGUACAGAAGAAAAUAAGGGUAAAAAUUUCUUUUGUUCUAACCCAGACUUUAAAAAAAAAAAAGAGCUAAUGUGCUGAGAAAUCUGUUUAAUAAAGAUAAAUAUAUUAUUGGAAAUUAUUUCAUGGGUUACUUUCAUAGGCGAUGACGUUGUCCGUGAGUAAAACGAAUAAACGUUUUUCUGUGACAUAAAUGAAACAAAAUUUUUUUCUCCAACAUUUAUGGUUACAAAUACAAAGUUCUUUUGGACAGUUUUAGCCGUUGACAACAGAUUUAUGGCUUUUGCAGAAAAAGUAUUGUGCUCUGAUGUCAGGGUGAGUUUCGGUGGUGUCCGAAGAAGUAAUGUGAGGCUAUGAGCACACAUGGGGAUUGUUUUGUUGUUUUUUAGGUGGCAAGGAGCACUUUCAACUUCCAUUGACUGUUAUUGGAAUUGUGGAUGCCUGCCUAUGACUUUGGAAAUCAAGCUGUACUGCUUGAAUUUUUGAAGCAGAAUUUUUGAAGCUGAAUUUUUG